CCAAUUAUUGCUCUCCUCUAUAUCAUCGGCUCUUUCUUUGUUUGGUGUUUCCACGCCCUCGUGUUUGUCUUACAGCCUCUCGGGAGUGUUUGUUCCUUUCCGGAAGACUAGCGCCCCAGUCAAGACUUCUUAUCUUCGAUUUCUCUUCCUUCCCUCUUCCCCUUCCCCCAUCCAUCACCUUUUGCUCUUAACCAUCAUGGCUGAUUACGACAACGACAACGGCCGUUACGCUGACGAGCCCCGUUACGACCGCGACCGUAGCGCCUCCCCUCGCGAUGAGCCCCGAGCCGACCGUGCUCGCAGCCGUUCCCCCAACGGCCGAGCUGAGGACAGCCGCCCUGGCCCCCUGCGCAAGGCCCAUCUCGUCGAGGAAGAAGAGGAGGAGGGCGCUCAGAACACCGGCUCCAACCUGUUCGUCACUGGUAUCCACCCGCGUCUGACUGAGUCCGACAUCACGCGUCUUUUCGAGAAGUACGGCGAUGUCGAGAACUGCUCCAUCAUGUUGGACCCUCACUCCAAGGAGUCGCGUGGAUUCGGUUUCGUCAACAUGAGCACUGGUGAGCAGGCCGAUGCUGCCAAGGAAGGUCUCCAGGGUGAGGUUAUCGAGGGUCGCACUCUCAGCAUCGAGAAGGCCCGUCGCAGCCGUCCCCGUACCCCUACCCCUGGCAAAUACUUCGGUCCCCCCAAGCGUGAUGAUGGUCGUGGUCCUCCCCGUCGCGGAGACCGCUACGAUGAUCGCCGUGGCCCUAUGGGUGGUGGUGGUGGUGGUGGUGGUAACUGGCGUCGCCGUGAUGAUGACUACUAUCGCUCUGGUCGCUACGACUCUUACAACGAUCGCCGCGAGUACGGUCGCGACUAUGGCCGUGGAGAAGGUGGCCGUGGAGAUGGUGGUUACCGCCGUGACUACGGUGGUGGUGGUCGCGAUUACCGCCGUGACUCUCGUGAUGACCACGGUUACCGCGGUGGCGGUGGUGCUGGUGGCCCCGAUCGCUAUGGUGAUCGUUACAGCCGCGAUGAUCGUCGUGGUGGUGAUGACCGUCGUGGCGGCGGUGCUCCUGCCGCUCCUGCCGAGGGCGGUGCUGGUGGCGAGGGUCGUGGCUACUACGACCGCGAUGCCAACCCUCCCCCAGCUACGAUGCGGCUCCUCCCCGUGAGCCCCGUGAGCCCCGUGAGCCGUACUCCGGUGGUGGUGGUCGCUCCUACGAGGGCCGUGGUGGUGAGGAGCGUUACGGCAGCAGGUAAUGUAUUCCCUUGCAUGCAACCCAAAGCGGAGAUAUUGGUCCUUUGAUAUCUCUGCCUUCUGAUGGCUGAAUGUUCCCCUGUCCCCCAUCUUCCCCUUUAUCACUCUCGUCCCUCUAUGUCCCUUGUUUCUCCUAUGUCUUUUCAACUCUUUAUCCCUCUUCUCAAAUUGUUUUAAUGCGGGGUUUGAGCCGACGGGGCCACGGGCGUCGUUGCUUUUUUGUGUCCUUUUUUCUUUCUUUGCUCUUUUCUUUUCUUUUCACCGUCCCCGUCUCAAACGAUAAUUCGGAGCGCCAUUGGCCCUACUGCGACCGACUCGGCAAACAUCAUUUCCUCGGUCGAUGCCAGUCUUGUCGUCAUCUCUUGAUCGCAAAGAUGAUGUGGCUCUCUUUUUUUUAUCUGUUCGCGACGCAACUCGGGAAAACUCUAGCGGCAAGGAAGAAAAACAAAUUAUCGCUGUAAUUCGGCUAUCUCUUGGGGUCAGCACCUUCGGUCAAAACUGUUCGCCUUAUGCACACCAAUCUUCAGCUUCAGCUCUCCAGUAACGGCUCGGUCUGUAUUCGACAAGUUUUCUAAAAAUUUGUGUCGCCUUAUCAUCAUCCACCUUUUUCACCUUCACCUUCACACCCCGUUUUCCGUCUAUUUUCCUGUUCGCCGAGGCCCGUCGUCUUCGCAUAUGUAGUAUCGCCAAUAUAAUUGCUACAGGCGAUUUAAAACAUCCGGUAAUUUUCCGGAGCACGACCCUGGCCCAGGAACAUACAAAGGUAAGAUAAGGUGUUUUGAAGUGCUGACCUGGACAAUAUGAUCCUGCAUCUUAGUGUAUUUUAACCUCGGCGUUGGCUGUGGGCUUCUUCGUCUGGAAGUUGUCCGAUGUCCUUUUGGAGCCAAUUUCAGUGACUGGUUGGAUCAGUUGCCUCAACAUAAGACUCUACUCAUCUCUGUUAGGAACGGCGACUUUCAGGCUAAGUUGGUAAGUGCUAAUUAAGGAUUAGCCAUGCAUCGACUCGAAUUAGUUUCACCGAGGAAAAAGCAAAUAUAUACAUCACCGUUUGGACAAG